GGAGACUGCAGAAGAACCCAAAGCACCAAAGAUCCGUGAGACUCCAGAAGACAUCAAACUAGAGGCGAUUGGCAACACAAUCGCAUUUCAUCCCAACCAAGACAUUCUUGCAGCUGGAGACAUUGAUGGAGAUAUAUACCUGUAUUCAUUCUCCUGUGUUACCACAGUUAUAAAUGUUAAAAGUUAGAUUAGUAGUUCAAGACACUUUUCAUGGGACGUGACGUCAGCUGCGCAGUGCAUGUUGGGACAUUAGGACACGGAAGUAGACGUUAACGUGUGUGUUAUACAGCUAAGACACGACGAAAUGGUGAACUCUUGCUGUGUAGUUAACUGCCACAGUCGCAAUUUCGACCGGCGUGGGAAACGUAUCGCAAUUGGCAUGCGAUUUUUCAGCUUUCCUACUUGGAAACAACAUGCCGGAACUCAGAUUUCCGAGUUAACAAAGCGGCGCCGCAUGGCGUGGGUAGCAGCAGUGAGACGGAAAAACAUCACCUUCAGCAACAUUCCCCGACACAUGUUGGUUUGUUCGCGGCAUUUUCAUAAAGGCAAACCAGCCUAUGAAAUGCUAGAGUGUGAUCCCGACUGGGUGCCAUCAUUACAUCUUGGGCACACCGAAGUUAAACCAACGGACCCUGGCCGGUUUAACCGUAGUACAAAGAGACGGCAAGCUCUAAAGGGGAACAAUGCUGCACCUCUGGAUCUAGCUGGCCUGAAAACAGAGAUGGAUGAGGCUGAACCACCAGAUGAUGCUUCACAGAUGGUUAAAGCUGGCCCAAAAUACAACACUGAAGAACAGCAGGAAUGUAGUUUUUGCAGCUGCAGUCAUGCCGAAAUUAAGCGCUUGUUGGAGGAGAACAGGAAACUGAAGGAAGAGCUCUCCCAAAAGAAGAUGGAUGAGGAUUUUUUGAAAGAUGAUGAUGUGAAGGUCACGUACUACACUGGGCUUCCAUGUUUUGCUGUUCUGAUGGGUGUACUGACACAACUUCUUCCCUACCUGCCACAGACUGACCAAAAACUUUCACCUUUUCAGAUGCUCCUCUUAACCCUGAUGCGCCUGAGGCUGAACCUGCCAAUCCAGCACAUUGCAUACCUCUUCUCUGUAGAUCGAAAUACUGUGUCCACCACAUUCAGAGAUACCAUAGAGACCAUGUUUACACGUCUCAACCCUUUGGUGCACUGGCCAGAGAGACAUUGCUUGCAAGCCACCAUGCCGCCACAGUUUGUAGAGGCUUUUGGCAGUCGAGUAGCAGUUAUCGUGGACUGCUUGGAAAUUAACGUUGGAGGAGCAUCAAAUCAGACAUCUUCCCACUACACAAACAAGCACACCCUAAAGUAUCUCAUUGGCAUUACACCACGAGGAGCUAUCGCUUUCAUUUCCCAUGGGUGGGAAGGUCCUGUCAGUGACAAGCAUGUGACUGAAAAUAGCGGCUUUCUUAAUAAACUCUUGCCUGGGGACUUGGUGUUGGCAGAUCGUGGAUUUGAUGGACUGAUGUGUGCAGAAGUGAAAACGCCUGCAAGCGGACAUAUCCAGCUAGAUGCAAAAGAUGUAGAGGAGAUGCGGCAGAUAGCUCACCUCAGGGUCCAUGUGGAGAGGUUGAUUGGAUGUGUACGCACAAAGUACAUCAUACUAAAUGGAACCGUACCAGUGAGCAUGGUACUCCCGUGUCAAGGCGAGGACAUGACUUUCCUUGACAAGAUUGUGACUGUAUGCUGUGCCUUGACUAAUAUAUGCCCCAGCGUUGUUAUGAAAUCGCAAACCAUGACAUAAAAUGUUAACUAUGUAAGAACUGCAUUAUCAGUCAGUUAUUCAUGUUGUAUACCACCUGUUACCAUAAUAAAUGACAAAAAGUGCUA